CCUCCCUCCCUCCCACUCUGGGACUUUUACAUCCCCCUCCACCCCGACUCUCUCUUCCCCUCCCCCUCUCUCGCUCUACGCUCCCUGCCCUUAUCGCGCGCUAGCCCGCCACCCCUUCGCACCGAGCCACCGAGCCACCGAGCCACCGAGCCCCAGCCACGAGCCAGCGCCCACUCGGCGCCCAUCUCCGAGUCUGACAAACACGCCCCCCACGCCUCUCCACACGCACACGCGUGUACACAGCCACAAGCGAUCAGCCUCCCCUCGCCUCCGCUCCAUUCUUCACACCCUCCCACUCCCUCCCCAUCACCCACUUGACGCCCGAUCCCCUCCCGUCUUGACAAUCCUCCCAUCACCCACACCACCAUGGCAUACAACCACUACCUGCCAAAGAAGGUCGAUCUGACGCCGCGGCGGCACCACGGCUUCAAUGUCCUGCUCUUCAUCUUCGGCAUGCUCCUCCCGCCCCUUGCCGUUGCGGUGCGCUUCGGAAUCGGCAGGGAUUUCUUCAUCAACUGCAUCCUAACACUCUGCGGCUACAUCCCCGGGCACGGGCACAACUUCUACAUCCAGAACAUCCGUAACAACGCCAACAAAGCGCGGACGCCCAAGUGGGCUAUCCGGUACGGACUAGUCAACGAUGCGCAGUUCCGCCGCAAGGAGGCCAAGUCGCAGUGGGCCAAGCGCUACGACGAGCGUCUCCCCGAGUCAACGCUCGUGGGCCAGGACCUCGCCGACGGCGAGGAAGGUCCGAACUACGUCCCCCGCGACCCCGAUGCCCGGCCAGAGCGCCGCGGCUCUGAAGGGCUGUGGGACCGCGAGGAGGAGCGCUUCUACAAUGAAGACGAGGCCCCCAACCAGCGCAACUGGCACUACCCCGCUAACUUCGAGGGCACCGUCGGUGCAGGCGGUCGCAAGAAGAAGAGCCGCGGCGCUGACCGGUGGGAGCGUACUCGCUCCGUGCGAUCGGGCAGCAGCGACAGCUACGGCACAUACCCGCCUGGUGGGACAGCCGCGACCGAGGACGACGUGCCCGAGUGGGGCCGCGAUUACGGUUCUAAGCGGCGCAGCUCGCGCUCGUCGCGCGGACGCAAGGACUCUUCUGCCUCUGGUUCAAGUGCAGGCUGGGGCUCAUCUAGCGCCUCGGGCGCGCAGGGCGGGGCAUCGAACGCAGCGCCGAAGCGGAAUAACCCGGACGAUGUGUUCCGUCACGAGUUUUAAGCUCGUCAUGACCGCGAGCUGCUGUGCGGCGAGUUGGCCAGUGAGGAGGUUUAGGCAAGGUGGAGGUGUGGGAGGUGGCGUGGAGUGUAGUAGAGCAGAUGGCGGUGAAGAAGACGGAGCGUCUGCGAGGCGACCUUGAGCGUUCGAUCAGGUCGAUCAAGAGGGGCUCGCGGCUCCGUAAGUUUCGGCGGCUGCGCCGCAGUGCGCGGCAGCCAACGUACAGAUUAGUCUGUAUCUCGCCUGCACCACGCAGGUGCGCUCGGUAGAUUAGUUCGGGCCUCGCCCUUGUAUGUGAUGUUCGUUUUGCCUAG